GCGGUCGCCAUAGCUCCGAGCUCAUCACGCCUUUAUGGCGUGCGUGGCCGAGCGCGUCAUCUUCCGACCCGCGCCGGUCUCCCUCCCCUUGUCCGUUCGCUGGCGUGUCUUCUUCUCGUGACCGCUGCUCAUCUUUGCUGCAUGCCAACAGCUUCUGAACCAGUGCCACGUGGCGUGUUUCCCGUCUGUUCAGGAGAAACUCUGGUCGAAGACGGAUAUGGCGGAUGCCAGACUUCGUCGUCGUCGUCGUCUUCAUACGGGCAUUCCUUCUUGUGCGAGCCAGACCCGGUGGCUAUGGCCGCCAUGAAGCCCGUCUGUCCUCCCUCUAGCCCCCCUACCUCCGCAUUCACGUCGCUGACCGUCUCUGUUGUGCCAGGUGUGGGCUACGUGUUCGCAAAUGCCACCAGUUGCCAGCCAAUCAAGCAAUCUGAGUCCGGAUUUCUGACCGGACUCUUCAACGCUACCUCAGGGAUCGUCAUAAUCCCGGAGAAGGGAGUGGACCCCAGGGCGUAUGCUCCUUAUGCUCGCGCCAUGACUGCAGCGGGAGCCUUCGCUGUCAUCGUCACGGAUAUCAACGAAGCCAACGUCGUUCGAGCGUUGUCCAUAUCCCUCUCCCCUCCCCGAAUCUGGGCCGUGAUGGGACACGGGACCUACGGCGGGGCUCUGGCCACUCUUCUCGCCCGUUCUCUGUACCCGCGAAUCACCACACUCAUUCUCCAUGCGGCUGCCAUUCCUCCUGACAUCGACUUCUCGCAGGGGCCAUUGGGAAACCUUGAUGUUGUGCUCAAUUACGGCCUUCUGGACAGCAUUGUUCCUCCUUCGAAAAUUCACAACAGUUUUCAACGCGUUCCAGGAGAUGUCUCAGCAAACCCCUUUCCGCUGAAGGGCCACUAUGAUUUCGCUUACUCAACCUGCCAUGAGAAUCAUGUGGGACAUGGUGAGGGCAGAGGGCCUCGCCAGGAGUCAGCAAUGUCCGCCAAAGAUGAAAUGAUACUUCUCCGUCAGUUCACUCUUGUUAGACCGGAUCCAUUUGCUCAGACAACCGCAAGGGGGCUGUCAUAUGGUGACAACACGCUUCUCCGUCCAGGGCGCAAUGAUUCCAAAAUCUAUCCCAAGGGAGGGAUGCUAGUUGAACAGAUCAGGCUGACGCUCCCACAGAGACAUUCUGCAGCAGGCACAAAGGAACCUGUUCGCUCGUUGUGGAUUUUGAAGCCCAAUCAUGCUCCGCGAGGGGGUUACGUAUAUGUGGCUGGCGCAUAUGUUGAUCCGACAGCCUACUUUCCGUUCCUCUUCCAGGUAGCGGCACAAGGGUACCUGGUGGCCCUUCCACAGAUGGAACGCCGUCUUUCUCUGGACCCUAUGCUCGCCGAUCAGGUUCUUGCCUUUGACCAUCCGAUUCUUCGCACCGUACCCCACAACAAGUGGGCCAUUGGUGGUCAUUCUUUGGGUGGGUAUUGCGCAUUCAGUUAUGCAAGCCUUCCCCAACGCCACAACAUCGUAGCUGUGGUUACACAUUCAGGUCUGUUCACCCUUCCAUUCGGUCUCCUUCCAUCGACUGUGAAUCUAAGUCAGUCAUCUCUGCCAGUUUGCCAAAUUUACGGCUCUCUUGAUGGUGUGGUUCUAGGUGAUCCAGAAUAUUUCCGAUACAGUGCCAACGACCCUCCUCCAAGAGGCCGUGGGCUAAUUGCGAAUUUAACUGCAACGAGGUUCAUUCGCAUGGAAGGGGCAAAUCAUCAACAAGUGGGAGAGUACGGGUCCCAGACCAACGAUAUCAUUGCAACAAUUGGGCACGUUGAGCAAGAGACUACUUAUGCACAGCUGACAGUCGACUGCCUGAACGAGGCAAUGGGUUACACGGCCAGUAAGCAUGCAUGAAUUUCCACAUGGCUAGGCUAUCAGGCACGCCCCAGUAGGCUGCAUGGCCAGGUGAGCAUGGGCCACGCAUGAGGGAGGACUGAUGCAUGGCCAGUACAAGUCCGAGGCAAUGCAAAGUCCGAAGAUCACCAUCAGGAGGGAGAGAUACAAUGUGACACGGUGGAAGACUCAAAUCAGAUACGACUUAGCUGACCCUGACAAGCCUCAAACAAUAUGUCUCAGAUCUUGAGU